AUUUCAUCUGGGACUAACUUCAUGGAUGCUGAGUUCAAUAGAACAUAUAUAAUUCUUGGUGGCUAUGUAGGAGUGGACAAAUAUGGAUAUCUUUAUUUUGUUAUCUUGUUGGCAUUAUAUCUCCUCAUCCUCUGUACUAAUUUAACCAUCAUAUGUGUCAUCUGUAUUCACAGGAACCUUCAUGAGCCUAUGUACAUUUUCAUUGCAGCUUUGUCGGUCAACUCUAUUUUAAUGAGCGCGACUAUCUACCCCAAACUUUUCAUUGAUGUCUUAUCCCGAAGACAGAUCAUUUCUCAUUCAGCUUGUAUGUUUCAAUAUUUUAUAUUUUACUCGAUAGGCAUAUCAGAUAUCCUACUGCUGUCAGCCAUGGCUUAUGACAGGUAUGUGUCUAUCUGCAAACCUCUGCAAUAUUCAAUUAUCAUGGGUAGAAUAACUGUUACUGUUCUCUUGGCCUUGGCCUGGUUUAUACCUGCAUUACAGGUUGCCGUAGCGAUUGUAGUGAAUUCUAAACAAAAACUCUGUGACUUUACAACAGAUGGAUUUUUUUGCAACAACAAAAUUUUUAGGCUCUACUGUGUACAAUCAACAUUUCUUAAGGUUUAUCCUAUGUUUAUCCUGCUAAAUGUCAUUAUUGUUCCUGCGAUUUUCAUCAUUUUUACCUACAUAAAGAUAUUUCUGAUAGCUUAUCACAGUUGUCCAGAGGUCCGAAAAAAAGCUACAGAGACAUGUUUACCUCACCUGAUUAUUUUAAUGUGCUGCUUUUUUUUGUGUAUAUUUGAUGUUAUUUCAGCUCGAAUGCAGUCAGAUCUUCCAAAUGGUGUCAAUUUAAUCAUGAGUUUACAAAUAGUUAUGUACGGUCCUCUGUUCAAUCCAAUCAUAUAUGGAGUGAAAAUGAAAGAAAUCUCCAAACACAUCAAGAGAUUAUUGUGUCAUUUUUGGACGAAAAACAAAUGA